CGCGACGCCGGCGACUCUCGGGUGUCGAGUCCAAGUCGAGGGUGACCGAGAGCCGAGGGAUCGAGAGGAUCGGAGGGUGGAUCGAGGGUGGAACGCGUCGAUCGGGUCCGCGUGUGGCAGAUCAUCGGCCACCGGCUCGGUCCGCCGACCGGGAACGGAGACGUCGUCCAGGAGAAAGAGAGAAGAUAACGGAAUGGCAGUGUUACUUGUAAUCAGUUUGUGCCUCGGCAUGGUAACCGGCCACUUUCGUGGACCACAUCAUCCUAAAAGCAGCGUGUCCCAUCAUCAUUACAAACCGCAAAAUGAUAUCAAGUUAACGCAGGACACCGAACUCCUUCAUGAUACCACGCACUUGAAGGAAGACAUGGGUCCCGUAGCCGACGAACUCGACUUUUCAAAGAUGACCAAACAGGAAAUCGAGUUCCACUACUUUCAGAGUCACGACAUCGAUAACAAUACAAAGUUGGACGGACUGGAGCUUCUUCACGCUAUUCAACACACUUUCCACGAGCACGCGAACGACGAGGAGGACACGAUACAGUCGGAGGACUUGCCCUGGAUUGUAGAGCUCAUCGAUAAAGUGCUAGAGGAGGACGACUUGAACAAGGACGGAUAUCUGGAGUACGUCGAGUACGUGUUGGGAAGGCAGCGGGAUCACGCGGUGCAGAAGAAUCGCGACAAGCUCAGAAUCGGAACGUGAGACUUCCUUGCAUUCUCCGGUCCGGCAUGAACGUACGAAUCCGAACGAAUUACACAGGCAGAAGACGAAGGAAACGGAGAUGCGGAAUUGUAAGAAAUAAUGCUAAUCAUACGUUCCAUCGUCAAUAUCAUGUCUAAUUAUUAUACACUUACUGUACAAUUAUAUAAUAUUGUAUUAGGG